ACACUUAUGCCACUUUAGCUAUAGACUGCUACUAAUAGGCACUAAGCACUGCACUUGUAAGAGAGAGAGAGAGUGGUAGCUGAGGAGGAGGAGGAGGAGGCGGAGCACAAGUGCUACUCCUACGUCGAAAGUUUUUCCACUUUUCCCUUUUUCUCCUUCUAUUUAAUCCAAAGCAUUCUCUCUUCUUCUUCCUGAAUGUAUGAACAACUGGAUUCCUACUUAAUUUUCUCUCUGUUUACACAAAUUUCUUCUCAGUAUUGGUAAAAUGCUGGUUUGAUUUGCUAUCAUUGUCAUGAUGGAUGACCAGGCCAGUGAGCUGCUAUAGAGAAAAAUUGGCUACUCUCGAUGUAAAGGAAAAACGGGAAGUAUCUUUGUUGACUACAGGAGUGUUGUUCAUAUGGCAAGGAGUUAUGGGCCUUACUUUGAUCCUGAAUACGAGACCUUAAGUAUCAGAAUAAAUCCUCCAAGGGUAUCUGUGGACAAUGUGACUUGCAAGGAUUGUACUCUAGUGAAGGUUGACAGUAUCAACAAACCUGGAAUACUGCUGGAAGUGGUGCAAAUCCUAUCAGACCUCGAUCUUGUAAUUACCAAAGCCUACAUAUCCUCUGAUGGUGGGUGGUUCAUGGAUGUAUUUCAUGUUACUGAUCAACAUGGCAACAAGGUUACAGACAACAACACUAUUGGUCAUAUAGAAAAGGCUCUAGGACCUGAAGGUUACACAUCAGGCAUAUUGAAGACAUGUCCAGGUAGAAAGGUAGGAGAGAACUCUAUGGGUGAUUAUACCACCAUUGAGCUAAUAGGCAGGGAUCGUCCAGGUCUUCUAUCAGAAAUUUCUGCUGUUCUAGCCAAUCUUCAUUUUAAUGUCGCUGCUGCCGAGGUUUGGACUCAUAAUGGGCGCAUAGCAUGUGUCCUUUAUAUCAAUGAUAAUUGUUCAUCCCUUGAUGAGGAUGAAGAAUCCAGAUUGUGUGUCAUGGAAGAGCAACUCAAUAACAUUCUUCGUGGGCGUGAGGAUGACGAGAGUGGGGCUCAUGCUACUUUCUCAGUUGGUAGUACUCAUGUUGAUCGGAGGCUUCAUCAGAUGUUUUUUGCUGAUAGGGACUACGAAGGUGGUUGUCUCGAAAUGGAGAUAGAAUACCCUCCUAACUCCAAACCAGACGUCAGAAUUGAAAGCUGUGUCGAGAAAGGGUACUCAGUGGUCAGUGUAAGUUGCAAGGAUAGAGCAAAGCUUAUGUUUGACAUUGUAUGCACCCUCACAGACAUGCAGUAUGCUGUUUUCCAUGCCACUAUCUCAUCAGAUGGUCCCUCUGCAUCACAGGAAUAUUUUAUUCGCCACAUGGAUGGUUGCACUCUGGAAUCUGAAGCGGAGAAGGAAAAGGUUGUGAAGUGUAUUGAAGCUGCUAUUCGGCGAAGGAUAAGUGAGGGCUUCAGCUUUGAGUUGUGUGCCAAGGACCGAGUUGGCUUACUUUCUGAAGUUACGAGAGUCCUACGAGAAAAUGGGCUAUCAGUGACUAGAGCUGGUGUUACAACUAUUGGGGAGAAAGCAAAGAAUUUCUUCUACGUAAGAGAUGCGUCUGGAAACCCUGUAGAGAUGAAGACGAUUGAAAGACUGCGUGAAGAAAUUGGACAGACAAUGAUGCUUAACGUGAAGAAAGUCCCAACAUCUGCAAAGGCACCUGAAACUGGUGGUCUGGCUAAGACAAGCUUUUUCUUCGGAGGCUUACUGGAAAAGUUCCGAACAUGAAACUUCAUCUACAACUACUUGUAUAGCAGAAUAAAGCACUUAUAUAUAAAUGUGGCAAGGUUUCCCUGUAAAAACCUGUAGAUACAUUGGACAAUUAUCCUUGUCGGGAUAAACAAGGGGAAAAAGAAGUAGUCCCUUUCAGUCUUAUUCUAUGCUGAAGUUUGGAAGAUUACGCGAUGACCGUGUGUUGUUCUUGCACAAUAAAAGAUGAAGAUCUAUAUAUUGCUGAUGAAACUAUGACUUUGUAUUGGAGCUUUCGUCAAGAAAUGCAGGUAUUGAAGAUUGAAAACCAAUACGUUAUAGUGUUAUAUGUUGUGUAUCAGCUAGUUUGCUUCGACAAUGAUCGAGCUGCUAGCAUUGUUUUGAUUAAUAGGUACUUCAGUUUAAUACUAGCUGGUUGAGUUUUUCCUCAUUUGGGAAUAGCUUGUACUAUGUAAUAUCAUUGAUUUGCAUGUAAGGAUGAGAAUUUAAGUAACGUUGAACUCCAUUUUUCUCUCAAGGAAAAGUAUAGUGUGUUCUUUUACCCAUUCUUUUA